AUCAGAAGAAUCGUACCGUUGCUUGAUUAAUAUUAAUGUGCCAAACCGUUCCCGUAGGACUGUGAGAGCGGCCGGCAGCGCUUUGGCAGCAUUUCUCCUGAGUCUGAUCUCAGAAGCGCUGCUUUUCGAGGCUUGAAUGAGGUUAAUGCUGCUCUGUUGCACCUGGAAGGACGAGCGCAUGGGAGAGGAGGAAGCUGGUGGGAGGUUACCAGAGUGUGCAGGCUGCGGACAGCACAUAUAUGAUGAGCAGUAUCUACAGGCCCUCAACACUGACUGGCACACGCUGUGUUUCAGGUGCUGUGAGUGCGGGGCGUCCCUUUCACACUGGUACUAUGAGAAGGACGGCCGUCUCUUCUGUAAGAAGGACUAUUGGGCUAAAUACGGGGAGUUGUGUCAUGGCUGCUCAGAGCCCAUCAACACCGGACUCAUCAUGGUUGCCGGAGAGCAGAAAUAUCAUCCAGAAUGCUUCACGUGUCUGAACUGUCAAGCGUUUAUAGGUGAUGGAGACACAUACGCUCUGGUGGAGCGCUCCAAACUUUACUGUGGUUUGUGUUAUUAUCAGACCAUCGUGACUCCUGUCAACCUGCCUGACUCUCCGUGCUCCAGGAUUCCUCAUACAGUCACUCUGGUAUCCAUUCCUGCCUCCAAUGAUGGCAAGCGUGGAUUAUCUGUGUGCAUUGAUCAGGGGCCGAGUCCCAACAGCUACAGUCCUGAACAUAACCACACCGUCAGAGUCUCACAGUUGGACUCAGAAUGCAUCAGUCCAGAUGUGAAGAGCUCCAUUCAUGUUGGCGAUCGGAUCCUCGAGAUUAACGGCACUCCCAUUCAGAACGUUCCUCUAGAUGAGAUCGAUUUGCUCAUUCAGGAAACCAGCCGACUGCUGCAGCUCACUAUUGAACAUGAUCCAAAUGAUCAUAGGCCCUCAUUGGACCAAACGGACGGCCCCACACCCCUGUCUGAAGGGCCCAGUCCCAUCAUGCCCAUCACACGGCCACCGAGCCAGGACAUCAACAACCUGCGAUCGCGUAUCAUCACGCGCAGCUACAGUAUCGAUAAAUCCCCGAGCUCCAGUAACACACCAUCUCCACUGUCUGUGAGGAAAGACAUCGGCCGCUCAGAGUCACUGCGAGUCGUGUCCAACCGCACACACCGAAUAUUCAGACCCUCGGAUCUGAUCCAUGGAGAGGUGUUGGGUCAGGGCUGCUUCGGCCAGGCCAUAAAGGUGACUCACAAGGAGACCGGUGAGGUGAUGGUGAUGAAGGAACUCAUUCGAUUUGAUGAAGAAACACAGAGGACCUUCCUCAAAGAGGUGAAAGUGAUGAGAUGUUUGGAUCAUCCUAAUGUGCUGAAGUUCAUCGGUGUCCUCUACAAAGACAAAAGACUCAACUUCAUUGCCGAGUACAUCAAAGGAGGAACGCUGAGAGAAAUUAUCAAGAAAAUGGACAGCAGUUAUCCAUGGAAACAGAGAGUCAGUUUUGCCAAGGAUAUUGCUUCUGGAAUGACAUACCUGCACUCCAUGAACAUCAUCCAUCGAGAUCUCAACUCAUACAACUGUCUGGUCAGAGAGAACAACAGCGUGGUGGUGGCCGACUUCGGCCUGGCCCGGCUCAUGUUAGAGGAGAAGACCCAGGACAAGCUGUCAUCUGGACAGAUACCUGGCGUGAAGAAGACGGACAGGAGGAAGAGAUAUACUGUAGUGGGCAACCCAUACUGGAUGGCCCCCGAAAUGAUCCAUGGAAAGAGCUAUGAUGAGAGGGUAGACAUCUUCUCCUUCGGCAUCAUGCUGUGCGAGAUUAUAGGACGGGUCAACGCUGACCCUGACUACUUGCCCCGGACGAUGGAUUUCGGGCUGAACGUAAAGGGUUUCCUGGAUGAUUUUUGCCCACCUGACUGCCCGACCUCUUUCUUCCCCAUGGCUGCUCUGUGCUGUGACUUGGAUGCUGAGAAACGGCCUGCGUUUGCCAAGUUGGAGUCGUGGUUGGAGAACCUGAAGAUGCAUUUGGAGAUGGGUUUGCAUGUGGUCUCAGAACUGGAACACAUUGACAGAGACUUCUGGCAGAAAUACUCGUCCAGCAAACACAACCUGCACACCCACCUGGAGCAGCCCGAGUAGCCCUGGAUCACUAAAGACAAUGAAGACCCUGCUGAUGGGAUGUUUUCAAAUCAUGGUGGAAUUUGAGGGUCACUAUUGUUGGAUUGAUGGGUUACGCGAGUCGCCUACACGCUUCUGGAAAUUCAGACGUCAGAUUAGAUCUCUCUUCAUGUCAUUUCACAACACAUCGCUCUCUGUGUUUUCUGCGGGUCAACUGUUGUGUGUCAGUACACGGCAGAACCGGUAUCAACCUCACAUGCUCCACACUUUAGAUAUGAUGUAUCGGUCAACUUUUACUAUAACAGCAACAAUGUGUUUGUGCAGCAGUUGUUUACAGAUGUUUUGCGCGUUCUUCAGUGUAAAACAUCGCCUCAGAAAUGCAGUUGUGGUGCAUUUAAAAAUGCAUGUCUGAAAAUAGGCUUUGUUGUGGCUUCUCGUUCGACUUUCGUCAUGGUACUGUAGGUGAUUUGGCCGUUUUUUGAAACUACCGCUACUGUGAGUUUUCAGUUUGUAAAAUCUUUGAAAACUCUGACGUCUGCCACCUGACUCUUGUUAUGUCAUAUAAAAUUAUGGCCGCUUCAAGAGUCAAGGUAGAUUUAGCUCGUAUUUCUCAUACAAUCACACAGGUCUAUAAAAUGCUUCGUUCAAUCCCGUCGGCUGCAUAGCAUCGAUAAAAGCUUGCCGUUUUGUAUGUUAGGUACGUAGCCUUAUCACGUAAACCAACAGUGUUUGGUCGUGCUAAUAUUCCUCAAAUGUCCCAGCAGGUUGAAGCAGGGUACGCUCCGCGGUGUAAAUUUGUAGUACAUACUGUAAAUGUUUCACAUGUUGUAUAUGAGCAGACAUUAUUUUGUAUACUGAGUCGACAUUGACAUUUUUAAUUUGUACAUAUGCUGAAAUGUAAAUUGAGAUCUUGCGUACAGAACAACACCUGAGAAUACUGAACGUAUCAGUGGCUUUCUAUUAGUGUAGAGAAGACAGAAACGUGUUAUACUCAUGCCAGCUUGCAUUAACAGAUCUUAAAGGUCACCUAUUAUGAAAAGUUGACUUUUUUGUGUUUCGCUUGUGUGUGUACACAACCACCUUGUAAUGAUACAAAUCUUGUCCCCCUUUUAUUUUAAAUCCCCGUAAAAUCUCAACAUGAGACAAACUGUUGCCGUUUCUUGAGCAAACUGACAUCACUUUGCGCAGGCCACGCCCACAACCGUCCAAAGACCACAGUGAGGUCAUAUUUUUUUCUUUUUACAUAAUCCAUUCCUCCAUGUUCACUAUGAACAAAGGUGAUUGUCUUUUUAAAAACAGUUUAUGUUUUGGGUAUAGAUAACAGUAAACGGGGAGAGAAGCAGAAGCUCAUUUGCAUUUAAAGAGACACACACAAAAACGCGCCUUUUCAAUAUGGUAUAAUAAAUGAUUUAUAGGGUAUUUGGACCUUAGACUUGACAGGCAUAUUUUGAGGACACUCAAGACUACUAUUAUAUCUUAAAAAAUUGCCAUAUUAGGUGACCUUUAAUUCAUUUACUGUCCACACUGCAAAAAAUUACUUUUUUUUUAGUAUUUUUGUCUUCAGUACAAAUAUCAAAAAAAUUCUUAAAUCAAGAUGUAUUUUCUUGAUGUGCAAAAGGCCCUAAGAAAAUAAAUCCAGUUUGUCAACAAACAAAUAAACAAUUUAAGUGAUUUGUGCUUAAAACAAGCAACAACAAAUCUGCCAGUGGGGGUAAGAAAAAAUUUUUUUAUGAAAAAGUUUAUUUAUUUCAAGAUAUUUUUUCUUACCCCAUUGACAGAUUAUUUUGCUUGUUUAUGCACACAUUAAUGAAAAAUAGACUUAUUUUCUUAGGGCAUUUUGCUUAUCCAGAAAAUACAUCUUAAUUUAAGAUUUUUUUUGUUAUUUGUAGUAAAAACAAGACAAAAACAGUGUGAAUCUCACAAAAAAUCAUGUCUGUGCCAAAUUUAACAUCAUAAUGGAGUCAUAUAUUGUAUGUUAUUGUAAAAUAUUUAGAUGUUAAAGUAAAAUUAGUUUUACUUAAUGAAUACCAUUUUCACAUUUUAUGGUAAUCAGUGAGAUUUUUUAAACAUUAUCAAGAAAAUAAUGUCACAUAAAACUGUAUGAUUCUAAAAAUGGACAUUAUUUUCUUUUUUUUUAACCUGAAAUGUUAUUUAGACAUGUUCUUCACAGAUAUUGUGACAUUCACUUCAUCAUUGCUCUACAUUUUCAUCAUUUCAUCACAAGAAUUUCCUGUACUUUAUUGUAAAUGGUAACACAACGCUUGUUACUUUUGGCCAUGUGGCUACUAAUAUCUGAGUUGGAUCUGCAUCUUUUGCCUAGGCUUGUGUUUUAAACAACCAAAGCCUGAUUUUAGACCCACACAUGGGACUGUUUGUUAAGAAACAGUGGAAAUGUGGGAGUAUGAUCUUGAAUCCAGCUCACGGAUGACCGACUGCGUGUCCAUGUUGUGUGCAUCUCCCCAUGGGAGACCUUGUGUUUACACAAUACCGCUGCCUGUAAAUAUCUUCCAGAAAACGCUUCUUCCACGCUUUUCCUGGAGACACGUUGCAUGGUGUCACACGCUACCAGUCUACUCUUGUUACAAUGAGCAAACCUUCAUAUUAUUAAAGAAAACACAGACGAGGACUGCCAGGAAAGCCAGUGAAUAGACGAAAGUCAAAGGCCAUGAAAAAAAUAACACAAACACAGCCUCUAUUUUCUCUUUCUUAAUCGAGCCACUCUUAUCUCUUUUAUAAAUGAUUUUAUUUGCACUAUGUAAGAAAGUGUUUCUCUCUGAAGCCUUUAUAUUGUUUUGGUUUCAGAAAUCGAGAUGUUUGUUUGUUUGUUACAUGAAUGCCGCCUUUUGUGAAGUUUGGCCUCUAUCUGUGCGUUCAUACCAGAUGCGAACAAAGCAAAUAAAUUACGCUAUUUGCGCGUAGUUGGACGCUUGACCAUUUUGAGUUAACUUGCAUCAUUCGCAUGUUAAAUUUAAACGCGAAUACGCUCAAUUUGACGGCUUAAGCUAGCUUGCAGUCUCAAUAUGUAUAUAUAUAUAGCUCAAAUUGAGUAAAGAGCGUUUUUUUACAACUUACCAGAUUGCCCGACCUCCUCACUCACUUUCUUUCAAGCAAGAUCCUUUUUAUUCCUGUGUCAACAUACAGCGACAAUGAUAUUGUCCUCCAUUGUUGUUUCGUAUUUCUGCCUCCGCUCGCUAUGUCGUAAUCACGUCAUUACUAGAACAAGCUACUGAUUGGGUAAUACGGCGCGAAUAUCCGUCAAAGUUCAGAUUUUUCAACUCGUGCGUUACGAACAUCAGACGCCCAAAAAGCUACAUUUGCGCAAAUCGCGUCAUUUGCGAGGCAGGAUGUCUAUUGCAUCUUUGCAUUACUAGAACAAGCUACUGAUUGGUUAACGCAGCGCGAAUAUCCACCAAAGUUCAGAUUUUUCAACUCGCGCGUUACGAACAUCAGACGCCCAAAAAGCUAAAUUUGCGCAAAUCGUGUCAUUUGCGCCGCAGGAUGUCUAUCGCAUCUUUGCAUUGACUUACUAUGUAAAUCAUUGCGCUUAGCGCUUCAUUCGCGUCUGGUGUGAACGCACCAUAAUGCUGCGUACACACCAAACAUGAAGCAGCGUGUUUCUCGCUCUAGAUUACUCGGGGGAUUUAACUUUGUGUCAUGCGAAUUUUUCCCUUGAGUUAAAUAUUUUCGCUGCACCCGAUUAGCGUCAUUUGCAUUGACUUUGUAUGUAAUCUACUCAUGCAAAUCGCUGAAUUCGCGUUUGGUGUGUACGCCCCAUAAGAGCCUCUGUCCUAAGCAGCAAAUGUGUGUAUAAAUCUUUUUGGUUUAUGAAAUUAAUUGUAUAUAUAGAUUUCCGUCAUUUGAAUUCAAAGCACCAAACACAGGCAGUUCUUUAGCACUGUUGGUCAUAUAUGAAAAGCCAUAUUAGAUUGAAAGCCAUCACCUUGAAUUAAGUUUAUCUAUAACCAAAAAAUAAAGAUACUAAUGGAGAGAUGGACUUUGAGCAAAAGAGAUGAGGUCGCUAAUAUUACCCAUGUGACUUCAGUAGUGUUUGAUCAUGUCUGUGUAAAUUGCUGCUUAGGAGUCAGUGGUCAGACUGUUGCCUAUAGAGGGGUCUUUAUGAAAGAUGUCUUGUAGCAUCAUACCUGCGUAAUCAUGCUUAUUUCAUGUAAGGUUGACGCGCUGCUGGCCUAUACAGUAAAUAUAGCACUUAAACGAUGUAGUCUAUUUAUGAAAGUUCAACUCAGGGCACCGUAACUGGUGAAGAAGAUCAUAAUAUAAGCAGAUAUCACAGUAUAAUAGAACAAUAGUCUGUAUCAUGAGCAUCAAUGUGAAACACUGAACCUUACCUUAUCUGAUAGUACAGUUAACUACAGUAGUGUCAUGCAUGAUUACGCAGACAAAAGCGAAUGCUGAAACUAUGGUUUUACCUCUGGACAUUACUGUGCCUUUGUUUUAUGCUAGCCUUGCCAACGACUUGUAGUGUGUUUUGAGCCUGAUGAGUUGAAUUUUAGAUCACUGCUUACAUGUUUAAGUGAGAAUUCCUCUUGUUUUUUAUAUAUUUAUAUUUUCCAUGUCUCCAUUGGCUGGGUGAAUAUUUUAGGUACACGAUUCUGUUUGUUUCCUGUAAUUGAAUGUUUUUACUAAAGCUGUGAAAAUGACUCUGCACUUUAAACAUACUGGCCGUGAACGUUGAACAUUCAAUGAGGUGACUGUAGAAUAAAACUGAUGCUCCGCUGAUGUUACACUGCUGUCAUCAUUUCUUAUGUGUAUUAUGUCAAUUUUGCAACAUUCUUAUGACUUGUGAUCACUAUAGGUCAAGGUCAUUUUAUAUCAUUUUAUUUAUUUAACACUUUCACCAAUGUUCAUCGAUUCAAACCGCCUUACAGAAAAAGAACAACAAAAAUGUUGUGUAAUGUUGCAUGUCUUUACUGGGCAAUUCCAUUAAAACUUCAAGAAACAUUA